AUGACUAGUUCUUCAAAUACUACAAUAAACCCCAAACCAACAAAACUCAGAUCAAGAAAUGGAUGUUUAACUUGUCGUGAUCGUCAUAUUAAAUGUGAUGAAAAUUCACCAGUUUGUAAUAAUUGUUUGAAAUCAAAUAAAGUUUGUAAAAGAGGUUCAAGAUUAAAUUUCCUUAAAUGUGUUGUUUUCAAUCCUGAAUUGGAACCAAAUUAUAAUGAAUUUAAAAUUGUGGAUCAAUCAUUUACAAUUCAUAAAUUUUAUAAAUUUAACAAGUUUCAUAAUUUUACAAAUUGGUUCAAGUUCCAUUCAUUAGAUGAAUUAUUUGAAAGUGAUGAAGAUUUUGAAAAAUCUUUAGAUAUUAUUAAUGAUCCUUUCAACAAGAAUCAAUUGAGAUUAAUUUCAAUUGUGGAAUUGAUCAAUGAAAAUUUCAAUAUCAAACAAUUUUUGGAUAAGAUUUUAUUAAUUAACUUACCACAAGUUGAUCAUUCUUUAUUCACAUUCAUUUCAUUACAAAGAUCAUUAUUAAUUAAAUCAUUCAAUUUAGAAGUGGCACCUUUAAACAAUAAUGAAGAUAUAAAAUCAAUGAGAGAUCAAUUGUUAACAAUAUCAGAUUUCACAAAAUAUAUGGGAUUUCUUGAUACAAUUGAACAAACUAGUGAAAAUUUUGAAAAUCAUUACAAUAUUUUCUUAAAUGCAUUAAAUUUAUCAAUGAAGACUAAUAAAAUUGAUGUUUUCAAUUGUAAUGAAACUAAACAAUUUGUUAACAAGUUGAAUUUGAUUACAAAUGUGGAAGUUUUACAAAAUUUUGAUAAUUUAAUGUAUUGUUUUGAAAUUUGGUUAUUAGAUUUAAACAAUUCAAUUUCAAAUAAUGUUUCAACUUUUUUCAGUCAUUUAUAUGAAGAAAAAGUGGAAUUUUUGUUAAACAAGAUCUUACAUUUGAAUUUAUUUAAUGAUUUGAAUUAUUUCUUGAUCAAAAUAUUAACAAUCAUGUUGAAAUUGAAUAAUGUUUAUCAUGAUACAAAUUCAACUCAUUUAUCUCAAAAUUAUGAAUUGUUUUUAUUAAUUAAAGACCUAAAGAAUUUUGAAAAUAAUCAAUUCUUAUCAAUGUGUUUCCCCAAGAUUGUUAAUCAUAAUUUACAAUUCCCAAACUUGAAGACAAGAAAAUUCCAUAUUUGGUUCAAUUUUGUUAUUGUUUUCAUAUUAACAAGAUUUCAUGUUGCUUCAGAUUUGAAAAAUUUAUUAUUAACAGAUACUGUUUUAUUAAAUUUUUGGCAAAAUUUCGAAUCAAACCCCUUCAAAAGAUUAUCUAUAUUGAUUUCAAAUUAUGAUUAUAUUAAUGAUCCAUUCAUGAACUUCUUGAGAAAUUAUAUCCUUUAUGAAACUGAUGAGUUGAUGAUUGAAUAA